GAGAGGAGGCUCGGAGCCAUGGCUGAUGGGGGCGAGGGCGAGGACGAGAUCCAGUUCCUGCGAACUGAUGAUGAAGUAGUUCUGCAGUGUACAGCAACCAUCCACAAAGAACAACAGAAACUAUGUUUAGCAGCAGAAGGAUUUGGCAACAGACUUUGUUUCUUGGAGUCCACUUCAAAUUCAAAGAAUGUUCCACCAGAUCUUUCCAUCUGUACCUUCGUAUUGGAGCAGUCGCUGUCUGUCCGGGCCCUACAGGAGAUGCUGGCUAACACCAUGGAAAAAUCAGAAGGGAUUUUAUGGCAGUGGGAGCCAUGUAUAGCUGAAACAACAGUUCUCAAAUUUGCGCUGCUAACUGCACGGUCAUCAUUUCAAACCCACCAGCUGCUAUGUGGAAGAAAGCAAGUUGAUGUGGAUAAAUGGAAAUUCAUGAUGAAGACUGCUCAAGGAGGCGGUCAUCGGACGUUGCUCUAUGGACAUGCGAUAUUGCUGCGCCAUUCUUACAGUGGCAUGUAUCUCUGCUGCUUGUCCACAUCCCGGUCUUCCACAGAUAAACUGGCCUUUGAUGUUGGCUUACAAGAGAACACAACAGGUGAGGCUUGCUGGUGGACAAUACACCCUGCCUCCAAGCAACGAUCAGAAGGGGAGAAAGUCCGAGUGGGAGAUGACCUCAUUUUAGUUAGUGUUUCCUCUGAGAGGUACUUGCAUUUGUCCUACGGGAACAGCAGCUUGCAUGUGGAUGCUGCCUUCCAGCAAACUCUCUGGAGUGUGGCCCCAAUCAGCUCAGGAAGUGAAGCUGCCCAAGGGUAUCUGAUUGGUGGUGAUGUUCUCCGGCUCCUUCAUGGACAUAUGGAUGAAUGCCUCACAGUUCCUGCAGGGGACCAUGGAGAAGAGCAGCGAAGAAAUGUUCAUUAUGAAGGAGGUGCUGUAUCUGUCUAUGCACGCUCCCUUUGGAGACUAGAGACAUUAAGAGUUGCAUGGAGUGGAAGCCAUAUAAGAUGGGGCCAGCCCUUCCGACUACGCCAUGUGACAACAGGAAAAUAUUUAAGUCUCGUGGAAGACCAAAACCUCCUUCUCAUGGACAAAGAAAAAGCCGAUGUAAAGUCGACAGCAUUUACCUUCCGGUCUUCCAAGGAGAAAUUGGAUUUAGGCAUAAGAAAAGAAGUAGAUGGUAUGGGCACAUCUGAAAUAAAAUAUGGUGACUCAGUGUGCUAUAUACAACAUGUGGAUACAGGCCUGUGGCUUACUUACCAGUCUGUGGAUGUGAAAUCCGUGAGAAUAGGUUCUAUUCAACGUAAGGCUAUCAUGCACCAUGAAGGCCACAUGGAUGAUGGCUUAAAUUUAUCUAGGUCUCAGCAUGAAGAAUCCCGUACAGCACGAGUAAUUCGUAGCACAGUCUUCCUUUUCAAUAGAUUUAUAAGAGGCCUUGAUGCUCUCAGCAAGAAAGGGAAGUCUCCCACAGUAGAUCUGCCUAUAGAGUCUGUAAGUCUCAGUCUGCAGGAUCUGAUUGGCUACUUCCACCCACCAGAUGAGCACUUGGAACAUGAGGACAAGCAGAAUAGACUUCGAGCUCUGAAAAACCGCCAGAAUCUUUUCCAGGAAGAGGGAAUGAUCAAUCUUGUUCUUGAGUGCAUAGACCGGCUGCACAUCUAUAGUAGUGCUGCUCACUUUGCUGAUGCUGCUGGGAGAGAAGCUGGAGAAUCUUGGAAAUCAAUUUUAAAUUCUCUAUAUGAAUUGCUUGCGGCUCUAAUUAGAGGAAAUCGUAAAAACUGUGCUCAGUUUUCUAGCUCCCUUGACUGGUUGAUCAGCAGAUUGGAAAGACUGGAAGCUUCUUCUGGCAUUCUUGAAGUUUUACACUGUGUGUUAGUAGAAAGUCCUGAAGCUCUAAAUAUUAUCAAAGAAGGACAUAUUAAAUCUAUUAUCUCACUGUUGGACAAGCAUGGAAGAAAUCACAAAGUUCUGGAUGUCUUGUGUUCUCUCUGUGUUUGCCAUGGAGUUGCAGUUCGUUCUAACCAGCAUCUCAUUUGUGACAAUCUUCUACCAGGAAGAGAUCUGUUAUUACAGACACGUCUUGUGAAUCAUGUCAGCAGCAUGAGGCCUAAUAUUUUUCUGGGCGUCAGCGAAGGGUCUGCUCAAUAUAAAAAAUGGUACUAUGAACUGAUGGUGGAUCACACUGAACCAUUUGUGACAGCAGAAGCGACACACCUUCGAGUGGGCUGGGCUUCCACUGAAGGGUACUCUCCCUACCCAGGAGGUGGUGAAGAGUGGGGUGGAAAUGGUGUUGGAGAUGACCUGUUCUCCUACGGAUUUGAUGGACUUCAUCUCUGGUCAGGUUGUAUUGCUCGUACUGUAAGCUCACCAAACCAACACCUGUUAAGAACUGAUGAUGUCAUUAGUUGCUGUUUAGAUCUAAGUGCUCCAAGCAUCUCCUUCCGCAUUAAUGGCCAGCCUGUUCAAGGGAUGUUUGAGAAUUUCAACAUUGAUGGCCUUUUCUUUCCAGUUGUUAGUUUCUCUGCAGGCAUAAAGGUUCGCUUUCUCCUUGGGGGAAGACAUGGAGAAUUUAAAUUCCUUCCUCCUCCUGGGUAUGCUCCUUGUUAUGAAGCUGUUCUGCCCAAAGAAAAAUUGAAAGUGGAACACAGCCGGGAGUACAAGCAAGAAAGAACAUAUAUACGGGACCUGUUGGGCCCAACAGUUUCCUUGACACAAGCAGCUUUUACUCCAAUUCCUGUGGAUACCAGUCAGAUUGUGUUGCCUCCUCACCUGGAAAAGAUAAGAGAAAAACUUGCAGAGAAUAUCCAUGAGCUUUGGGUUAUGAAUAAAAUUGAACUUGGCUGGCAGUAUGGCCCGGUUAGAGAUGAUAACAAAAGACAACAUCCAUGUCUGGUGGAAUUCUCCAAGCUUCCUGAGCAGGAACGCAAUUAUAAUUUACAGAUGUCACUGGAGACCCUGAAGACUUUGUUAGCAUUGGGAUGCCAUGUGGGCAUAUCAGAUGAACAUGCUGAUGAAAAGGUGAAAAAAAUGAAGUUACCAAAGAAUUACCAGCUGACCAGUGGAUACAAGCCUGCUCCAAUGGACCUGAGCUUCAUAAAACUCACUGUAUCCCAGGAAGCUAUGGUGGACAAGUUGGCUGAAAAUGCCCAUAAUGUGUGGGCUCGAGAUCGAAUCAGGCAGGGUUGGACUUAUGGCAUCCAGCAGGAUGUAAAGAACAGAAGAAACCCCCGUCUUGUUCCCUAUGCUCUACUAGAUGACCGCACCAAGAAAUCAAAUAAGGACAGCCUUAGGGAGGCGGUGAGGACACUGCUAGGAUAUGGCUACAACCUAGAUGCUCCCGAUCAAGAUCAUGCUGCCAGAGCUGAAGUUUGUAGUGGCACAGGAGAAAGGUUCCGAAUCUUCCGGGCUGAGAAGACCUAUUCUGUCAAGGCAGGAAGGUGGUAUUUUGAAUUUGAGACUGUCACUGCUGGAGACAUGAGAGUUGGCUGGAGCCGGCCAGCUUGUCAACCUGAUCAGGAGCUUGGCUCUGAUGAACAUGCUUUUGCCUUUGAUGGCUUUAAGGCUCAGCGGUGGCACCAGGGAAAUGAGCAUUAUGGGCGCUCUUGGCAAGCAGGCGAUGUAGUGGGGUGCAUGGUUGAUAUGAAUGAGCAUACCAUGAUGUUCACACUGAAUGGGGAAAUCCUUCUUGAUGAUUCUGGAUCAGAACUGGCUUUCAAAGACUUUGAGGUUGGAGAUGGAUUCAUACCGGUCUGUAGCCUUGGUGUGGCUCAGGUGGGCAGGAUGAACUUUGGCAAAGAUGUCAGCACCUUGAAGUAUUUCACCAUCUGUGGCUUACAAGAGGGCUUUGAGCCAUUUGCAGUGAAUACAAAUAGAGAUAUUACCAUGUGGCUAAGCAAGAGACUUCCUCAAUUUCUUCAAGUUCCAUCAAACCAUGAACAUAUUGAGGUGACCAGAAUCGAUGGUACCACAGACAAUUCUCCAUGUUUAAAGGUGACUCAGAAGUCCUUUGGGUCACAGAACAGUAACACUGAUAUCAUGUUCUAUCGUCUGAGCAUGCCAAUUGAGUGUGCAGAGGUCUUCUCCAAGACUGCUACAGGAGGGCUCCCUGGAGCCAGCUUUUUUGGGCCCAAGAAUGACCUGGAGGAUUUUGAUGCAGAUUCAGAUUUUGAGGUUUUAAUGAAGACAGCACAUGGCCAUCUAGUACCCGACCGGGUUGACAAAGAGAAAGAAACGACAAAAUCAGAGUUUAAUAACCAUAAAGAUUAUGCUCAGGAAAAACCAUCUCGUCUAAAACAAAGAUUUUUGCUUAGAAGAACAAAGCCAGAUUAUAGCACAAGCCAUUCAGCAAGACUCACUGAAGAUGUCCUUGCUGAUGAUCGGGAUGAUUAUGAUUAUUUAAUGCAAACAUCUAUGUACUAUUACUCUGUGAGAAUCUUUCCUGGACAAGAACCUGCUAAUGUCUGGGUAGGCUGGAUUACAUCAGAUUUCCAUCAAUAUGAUACUGGCUUUGACUUGGACAGAGUCCGUACAGUAACAGUUACUUUAGGAGAUGAAAAAGGAAAAGUUCAUGAAAGCAUUAAACGCAGCAACUGCUAUAUGGUGUGUGCGGGUGAGAGUAUGAGCCCUGGGCAAGGUCGCAACAAUAAUGGAUUGGAGAUUGGCUGUGUGGUGGAUGUUGCCAGUGGGUUGCUCACGUUCACUGCUAAUGGCAAGGAAUUGAGUACAUAUUACCAGGUGGAGCCAAGCACAAAACUAUUUCCUGCAGUUUUUGCACAAGCUACGAGUCCCAAUGUUUUCCAGUUUGAGUUGGGAAGAAUAAAGAAUGUAAUGCCUCUAUCAGCUGGAUUAUUCAAAAGUGAACAUAAAAACCCUGUGCCACAAUGUCCUCCGCGUCUCCAUGUGCAGUUUUUAUCACAUGUUCUUUGGAGCAGAAUGCCAAACCAGUUUUUGAAGGUAGACGUCUCUCGAAUAAGUGAACGCCAAGGCUGGCUGGUGCAAUGUUUGGAUCCUCUGCAGUUCAUGUCUCUUCAUAUCCCAGAGGAGAACAGAUCAGUGGACAUAUUAGAAUUGACAGAGCAGGAGGAAUUGCUGAAGUUCCAUUACCACACUCUCCGCCUCUACUCAGCUGUCUGUGCGCUGGGGAACCACAGGGUGGCCCACGCCUUGUGCAGCCAUGUGGAUGAACCUCAACUCCUUUAUGCCAUUGAAAACAAGUGCAUGCCUGGGUUGCUGCGUUCAGGCUACUAUGACCUGCUAAUUGACAUCCAUCUUAGCUCCUAUGCCACUGCGAGGCUUAUGAUGAAUAAUGAAUUUAUUGUUCCCAUGACGGAAGAAACCAAGAGUAUUACUCUCUUCCCUGAUGAGAAUAAAAAGCAUGGUCUCCCUGGGAUAGGACUUAGUACAUCUCUCAGGCCUCGGAUGCAAUUUUCUUCCCCCAGUUUUGUGAGCAUUAGUCACGAAUGCUAUCAGUAUAGUCCUGAGUUUCCCCUAGAUAUCCUGAAGGCUAAAACCAUCCAAAUGCUGACAGAAGCCGUGAAGGAGAGUAGCCUUCAUGCCCGGGACCCAGUUGGGGGAACAACUGAAUUCCUCUUUGUCCCUCUCAUCAAACUUUUCUAUACCCUGCUUAUCAUGGGCAUCUUCCACAAUGAGGACUUGAAGCACAUUCUGCAGUUGAUUGAGCCCAGUGUGUUUAAGGAAGCUGCCACACCAGAAGAGGAGGAGAAGAUAGUGCUGGUGAAGGAGCUUCGAAUAGAAGACUUGAAGCUAGAAGGAGCUGAUGAAGAAGUCAAAGAUGAUAAGAGGCCGAAGGAAGGCCUGCUCCAAAUGAAACUGCCAGAGCCAGUUAAAUUGCAGAUGUGCCUGCUACUUCAAUACCUCUGUGACUGCCAGGUCCGGCACCGAAUAGAAGCCAUUGUAGCCUUUUCAGAUGACUUUGUAGCUAAACUUCAAGACAAUCAGCGCUUCCGGUACAAUGAAGUUAUGCAGGCCUUAAACAUGUCAGCUGCGCUCACAGCCAGGAAAACGAAGGAAUUUAGAUCACCUCCUCAAGAACAGAUCAAUAUGCUUCUCAAUUUUAAGGAUGAUAAAAGUGAGUGUCCAUGUCCUGAAGAAAUCAGAGACCAACUUUUGGAUUUUCAUGAAGAUUUGAUGACACACUGUGGUUAUGUCUGUGACUUAGUGAAAGAAAAGGAUUUGGCCAUUUACGGCGGCUCUGGCGGAGAGCAGCCAGCCAUGGGGAUCGCGCUCUGCCCUGUGGGGGCACGCCGCGUGACAGGCUCGGAGCCGCUGGGCGUGUGGAAUCCCCAGUGCCCCAGAGCAGGCAAGAACCCCGCUGGCAGUGCGCUCAGCGGGCAGCGGCCCCCACUGUUCCACGGCAGGCGGGUUCCCCGCUCCUCCGGGCUCCAUGCACAGACACAGCGCCACGCGGAGAGAAGUGGGCUUGGCACCCCCUCCCGGUCCAGGAAUGGCAUGGGAGCUGGGACACCAGGGCGGGCGAGCCGCAAAUGCAGCACUGUUGGAGAGAUCCCAGGCAGCAGUGGGGGUGGAUUGGCUCCCGUGAGCGUCGCCCAGUUAGUACCUGCCACCCUUCAGCAGUUGAUUUCUGAAACAAUGGUUCGAUGGGCUCAGGAGUCUGUCAUUGAAGAUGCUGAGUUGGUGCGGGCCAUGUUUGUGCUGCUGCAUCGACAAUAUGAUGGCAUUGGGGCUUUGGUUCGGGCUCUGCCCAAGACAUAUACCAUAAAUGGAAUCUCUGUGGAGGAUACCAUCAAUUUGCUGGCUUCCCUUGGUCAGAUUCGCUCUCUGCUGAGUGUCAGAAUGGGCAAAGAAGAAGAAAAGCUUAUGAUUCGUGGAUUGGGGGAUAUAAUGAAUAAUAAAGUGUUUUACCAGCACCCAAAUCUGAUGCGGGCUCUUGGAAUGCAUGAGACUGUAAUGGAAGUCAUGGUGAAUGUUCUUGGUGGUGGUGAGUCCAAGGAAAUCACUUUUCCCAAGAUGGUGGCCAACUGUUGCCGUUUUCUGUGUUAUUUCUGCCGUAUAAGUAGACAGAAUCAAAAAGCUAUGUUUGAUCAUCUUAGUUAUUUACUGGAAAAUAGCAGUGUUGGUCUUGCCUCUCCAGCCAUGAGAGGGUCUACACCUCUGGAUGUGGCUGCAGCCUCAGUGAUGGAUAAUAAUGAACUUGCCUUAGCUUUGCGUGAACCAGAUUUGGAAAAGGUAGUUCGAUAUUUGGCUGGUUGUGGACUCCAAAGCUGUCAGAUGCUGGUAUCUAAUGGCUAUCCAGACAUUGGGUGGAAUCCCGUUGAAGGAGAGAGAUAUCUUGACUUUCUUCGAUUUGCUGUCUUCUGUAAUGGUGAGAGUGUGGAAGAGAAUGCAAAUGUUGUCGUGAGAUUGCUCAUUCGGAGGCCUGAGUGCUUUGGUCCUGCUCUGCGUGGGGAAGGAGGCAAUGGUCUUCUCGCUGCCAUGGAAGAAGCCAUAAAAAUAGCCGAGGACCCUUCCAGAGAUGGCCCCUCACCCAUGAGUGGAUCCAGUAAAACACUUGAUACAGAAGAAGAGGAAGAUGACACCAUCCACAUGGGGAAUGCAAUCAUGACCUUUUAUUCAGCUUUGAUUGACCUGUUGGGACGUUGUGCACCCGAGAUGCACUUGAUCCAUGCUGGUAAGGGAGAAGCCAUUAGGAUCAGGUCUAUUUUGAGAUCUUUAAUUCCACUGGGAGAUUUGGUGGGCGUAAUAAGCAUUGCUUUUCAGAUGCCAACAAUAUCCAAAGAUGGGAAUGUGGUGGAGCCUGACAUGUCUGCAGGGUUUUGUCCAGAUCACAAGGCAGCCAUGGUUUUAUUCCUUGACAGGGUCUAUGGGAUUGAGGUUCAAGAUUUCCUCCUCCAUCUUCUUGAGGUUGGAUUUCUGCCAGAUCUCAGGGCUGCUGCCUCUUUAGAUACGGCUGCAUUGAGUGCUACAGACAUGGCCUUGGCCCUCAAUCGAUACCUAUGUACUGCUGUCUUGCCUUUGUUAACAAGAUGUGCUCCCCUUUUUGCGGGCACGGAGCACCAUGCUUCCCUCAUUGACUCACUACUCCACACUGUGUACAGACUCUCAAAGGGCUGCUCACUUACCAAAGCUCAACGGGAUUCCAUAGAAGUGUGUUUGCUCUCCAUUUGUGGCCAGUUGAGACCUUCCAUGAUGCAGCACUUACUCAGAAGAUUUGUAUUUGAUGUCCCAUUACUAAAUGAACAUGCAAAGAUGCCUCUUAAGCUGCUGACAAAUCAUUAUGAAAGAUGCUGGAAGUAUUAUUGCCUACCUGGAGGUUGGGGAAACUUUGGUGCUGCAUCAGAAGAAGAACUACAUUUAUCAAGAAAAUUGUUCUGGGGCAUUUUUGAUGCCCUGUCUCAAAAGAAAUAUGACCAAGAACUUUUCAAACUGGCUCUUCCUUGCUUGAGUUCAGUGGCAGGAGGUUUGCCUCCAGACUACAUGGAGUCAAAUUAUGUCAGUAUGAUGGAAAAACAGUCAUCAAUGGAUUCUGAAGGGAACUUUAACCCACAACCUGUUGAUACCUCAAAUGUUACAAUUCCUGAAAAGUUGGAAUACUUCAUUAAUAAAUAUGCUGAACAUUCCCAUGACAAAUGGUCAAUGGACAAGUUGGCAAAUGGGUGGAUUUAUGGAGAAAUAUAUUCAGACUCUUCUAAGGUUCAACCAUUAAUGAAGCCAUAUAAACUAUUAUCUGAAAAGGAAAAAGAAAUUUAUCGCUGGCCAAUCAAGGAAUCUUUAAAAACUAUGUUGGCUUGGGGCUGGAGAAUUGAAAGAACAAGAGAGGGAGAUUGUAUGGCUCUUUACAAUAGGACUCGUCGUAUUUCUCAGACAAGUCAGGUUUCCAUAGAUACUGCCCAUGGUUAUAGCCCCCGGGCCAUUGACAUGAGCAAUGUUACACUCUCCAGAGAUCUACAUGCGAUGGCAGAAAUGAUGGCUGAGAACUACCAUAAUAUAUGGGCCAAGAAAAAGAAAAUGGAACUGGAAUCCAAAGGAGGGGGAAAUCAUCCCCUACUGGUGCCGUAUGAUACACUGACCGCCAAAGAAAAAGCCAAGGACAGGGAAAAAGCCCAAGAUAUUCUCAAAUACUUGCAGAUCAAUGGGUAUGCUGUAUCCAGAGGAUUCAAGGACCUGGAACUGGAUACACCUUCUAUUGAGAAACGAUUUGCCUAUAGUUUUCUCCAACAACUCAUUCGCUAUGUGGAUGAAGCCCAUCAGUAUAUCCUGGAAUUUGAUGGUGGCAGUAGAAGCAAAGGAGAACAUUUCCCUUAUGAACAAGAAAUCAAGUUCUUUGCUAAAGUCGUGCUUCCUUUAAUUGACCAGUAUUUCAAAAAUCACCGCUUGUACUUCUUAUCUGCAGCAAGCAGGCCUCUGUGUUCUGGAGGACAUGCAUCAAACAAAGAGAAGGAAAUGGUCACAAGCCUAUUCUGCAAACUUGGAGUUCUUGUCAGGCAUAGGAUUUCACUAUUUGGAAAUGAUGCAACAUCAAUUGUCAACUGUCUUCAUAUUUUGGGUCAGACAUUGGAUGCAAGGACUGUGAUGAAGACUGGUCUGGAAAGUGUUAAAUGUGCCUUGCGAACGUUUCUGGACAAUGCAGCAGAGGACCUGGAGAAGACCAUGGAGAACCUCAAACAGGGCCAAUUCACACACACCCGAAACCAACCCAAAGGCGUCACUCAGAUUAUCAAUUAUACUACAGUGGCCCUGCUGCCAAUGCUGUCAUCGUUAUUUGAGCAUAUUGGGCAGCAUCAGUUUGGUGAAGAUUUAAUAUUGGAAGAUGUACAAGUCUCUUGUUACAGAAUCUUGACUAGCUUAUACACUUUGGGAACCAGCAAGAGUAUCUAUGUAGAGAGGCAACGCUCUGCAUUAGGAGAAUGUCUGGCCGCCUUUUCUGGUGCCUUUCCAGUAGCAUUUUUGGAAACCCAUCUCAACAAACAUAAUGUUUAUUCUAUCUACAACACGAAGUCUUCACGAGAGAGGGCAGCUCUCAAUUUGCCAACUAAUGUGGAAGACAUUUGUCCAAACAUACCAUCUUUGGAAAAACUCAUGGAAGAGAUUGUGGAAUUAGCGGAGUCUGGCAUUCGCUAUACACAAAUGCCACAUGUUAUGGAGGUGAUAUUGCCCAUGCUUUGCAGCUACAUGUCUCGGUGGUGGGACUGUGGACCUGAGAACAACCUGGAUAGGGCUGAAAUGUGCUGCACAGCUCUGAACUCAGAGCACAUGAACACACUACUUGGAAAUAUAUUGAAAAUUAUAUAUAAUAACUUGGGAAUUGAUGAAGGUGCCUGGAUGAAGAGGCUAGCAGUGUUUUCACAGCCUAUUAUAAAUAAAGUAAAGCCUCAGCUCUUGAAAACUCACUUUUUGCCAUUAAUGGAGAAGCUCACCAAAAAGGCAGCGAUGGUUGUAGCUGAGGAAGAUCAGCUGAAAGCAGAGGCCCGAGGUGACAUGUCUGAAGCUGAACUCCUCAUUCUGGAUGAAUUCACUACACUGGCUAGAGAUCUCUAUGCCUUUUACCCGCUCUUGAUUAGAUUUGUGGACUACAACAGGGCCAAGUGGCUAAAAGAAUCUAACCCAGAAGCCGAGGAACUCUUCCGUAUGGUGGCUGAAGUGUUUAUCUACUGGUCCAAAUCCCAUAAUUUCAAAAGAGAAGAGCAAAAUUUUGUGGUACAGAAUGAAAUCAACAAUAUGUCUUUCCUUAUUACUGAUACCAAGUCAAAGAUGUCAAAGGCAGCUGUUUCUGAACAAGAAAGGAAGAAAAUGAAACGAAAAGGCGACCGGUAUUCUAUGCAGACCUCUCUUAUUGUAGCAGCUCUGAAGCGACUAUUGCCCAUUGGCUUAAACAUCUGUGCCCCUGGGGACCAGGAACUCAUUGCUCUGGCCAAGAAUCGAUUUAGUCUGAAAGACACUGAGGAUGAAGUACGCGAUGUAAUCCGCAGUAGUAUUCAUUUACAAGGCAAGUUGGAGGAUCCUGCUAUUCGAUGGCAAAUGGCUCUGUACAAAGACUUACCUAACAGGACUGAGAAUACAGCUGAUCCAGAGAAGACUGUAGAAAGAGUAUUGGAUAUAGCAAAUGUCCUUUUUCAUCUUGAACAGGUGGAACAUCCUCAGAGAUCUAAAAAAGCUGUUUGGCACAAGCUGCUCUCUAAGCAGAGGAAAAGAGCCGUGGUAGCGUGUUUCCGCAUGGCUCCUUUAUAUAAUCUGCCAAGGCACCGAGCUGUCAAUCUCUUUCUUCAGGGAUACGAAAAGUCUUGGAUUGAAACAGAGGAACAUUACUUCGAAGAUAAACUGAUAGAAGACUUAGCAAAACCUGGAGAUGAGCCUCCAGAAGAAGAUGAAGGCACUAAGCGAGUUGAUCCUCUGCAUCAGCUGAUCCUUCUGUUUAGUCGAACAGCCUUGACAGAGAAAUGCAAACUAGAGGAAGAUUUUUUAUAUAUGGCUUAUGCAGAUAUUAUGGCAAAAAGCUGUCAUGAUGAGGAAGAUGAUGAUGGUGAAGAAGAAGUGAAGAGUUUCGAAGAAAAAGAAAUGGAAAAGCAAAAGCUGCUCUACCAGCAAGCCAGGCUCCAUGACCGAGGUGCUGCGGAAAUGGUAUUCCAGACGAUCAGCGCCAGCAAAGGUGAAACAGGGCCAAUGCUUGCUGCUACUUUGAAACUUGGAAUUGCUAUCUUAAAUGGUGGGAACUCAACAGUACAGCAGAAAAUGCUAGACUACCUCAAGGAGAAGAAGGACGUGGGCUUUUUUCAGAGCCUUGCUGGCUUAAUGCAGUCAUGUAGUGUCCUUGACCUAAAUGCAUUUGAGCGACAAAACAAAGCUGAAGGACUUGGAAUGGUAACAGAGGAAGGAUCAGGAGAAAAAGUGCUACAGGAUGAUGAAUUUACCUGUGACCUCUUCCGUUUUCUCCAACUUCUUUGUGAGGGUCAUAAUUCAGAUUUUCAGAAUUAUCUGAGAACUCAGACUGGCAAUAAUACAACGGUCAAUAUAAUCAUUUCUACUGUGGACUACCUAUUAAGAGUUCAGGAAUCAAUUAGUGAUUUUUAUUGGUAUUACUCUGGGAAAGAUAUUAUUGAUGAGCAAGGGCAACGGAAUUUCUCGAAAGCAAUUCAAGUAGCAAAACAAGUAUUUAAUACUCUUACAGAGUAUAUUCAGGGUCCCUGCACUGGGAAUCAGCAGAGUUUGGCACACAGCAGGCUGUGGGAUGCCGUGGUGGGUUUUCUUCAUGUCUUUGCACACAUGCAAAUGAAGCUGUCUCAGGAUUCCAGCCAGAUUGAGCUAUUAAAAGAACUAAUGGAUCUCCAGAAGGAUAUGGUGGUUAUGUUGCUGUCCAUGUUAGAAGGUAAUGUUGUCAAUGGAACAAUUGGCAAACAGAUGGUGGAUAUGCUUGUGGAAUCGUCCAACAAUGUAGAGAUGAUUCUUAAAUUUUUUGACAUGUUCUUAAAACUGAAGGAUUUGACAUCAUCGGAUACAUUUAAAGAAUAUGACCCAGAUGGCAAAGGAGUAAUUUCCAAGAGGGACUUCCAUAAAGCAAUGGAGAGCCACAAACACUACACACAAUCAGAAACGGAGUUUCUUUUGUCCUGUGCAGAGACAGAUGAAAAUGAAACGCUGGACUAUGAAGAAUUUGUCAAACGGUUCCAUGAGCCUGCAAAGGACAUCAGCUUCAAUGUGGCUGUCCUCCUGACAAAUCUCUCAGAGCACAUGCCCAAUGACACGCGCUUGCAGACCUUCCUUGAAUUAGCAGAGAGUGUGUUAAAUUACUUUCAGCCCUUCCUGGGGCGCAUUGAGAUCAUGGGGAGUGCAAAACGUAUUGAGAGGGUUUAUUUUGAAAUCAGUGAAUCUAGUCGGACUCAGUGGGAGAAGCCUCAGGUCAAAGAAUCCAAAAGGCAGUUCAUAUUUGAUGUGGUCAAUGAAGGGGGAGAAAAAGAGAAAAUGGAACUUUUUGUGAACUUCUGUGAGGACACCAUCUUUGAAAUGCAACUGGCAGCUCAGAUCUCAGAAUCAGACUUGAAUGAGAGGUCCACAAAUAAAGAAGAAAGCGCGAAAGAGAAGCCUGAAGAACAGGAGCCAAGAAUGGGCUUCUUUUCUGUUCUAACCAUCAAGUCGGCCCUGCUUGCCCUCAGAUAUAACAUCUUAGCACUGAUGAGAAUGCUGAGCCUGAAAAGUCUGAGAAAGCAGAUGAAGAGAGUGAAGAAGAUGACCAUGAAGGACAUGGCCAUGGCCUUCUUUUCGUCAUAUUGGAGUAUUCUUUUGAGCCUCCUGCACUUUGUCGCCAGUGUUUUCAGAGGCUUUUUCCGAAUCAUGUGUAGCCUGCUGCUGGGAGGAAGCCUGGUCGAAGGCGCCAAAAAGAUCAGAGUUUCAGAACUGUUAGCUAAUAUGCCAGACCCCACACAGGAUGAGGUGAGAGGAGACGGAGAGGAGGGAGAGAGGAAACCCAUGGAAGUUGUCCUGCCUGCCGAAGACCUGGCCGACUUAAAGGAACUCACAGAGGAAAGUGACCUGCUUUCAGACAUAUUUGGCUUGGAUCUGAAGAGAGAAGGAGGACAGUACAAACUUAUUCCACAUAAUCCAAAUGCUGGCCUUAGUGAACUAAUGAGCAACACAGUCCCCAUCUCGGAGGUGCAAGAGAAAAAUCAGGAAGAGAAGAUAAAAGAAGAAAGGGAAGUAAAAGAAGAAAUCAAACCUGAACCUGAGAAAGCUGAGGGAGAAGGUGGAGAAAAAGAAGAAAAAUCCAAAGAAGACAAGGGUAGACAGAAGUUAAGGCAGCUUCACACACACAGAUAUGGAGAGCCAGAACUUCCAGAAUCAGCAUUCUGGAAGAAAAUCAUAGCAUAUCAACAGAAGCUUCUAAACUAUUUUGCUCGCAACUUUUACAACAUGAGAAUGUUAGCCUUAUUUGUCGCAUUUGCAAUCAAUUUCAUCUUGCUCUUUUAUAAGGUCUCCACAUCCUCUGUGGUUGAAGGAAAGGAGCUGCCCCCUCGAAGUUCAGGGGAAAAUGACAAAGUGAGCAACCUGGAGAGUGACUCCCACCGAAUCAUUGCUGUUCACUAUGUCCUGGAGGAGAGCAGUGGCUACAUGGAGCCCACGCUGCGCAUUUUAGCAAUUCUCCACACUGUCAUUUCUUUCUUCUGCAUCAUUGGAUACUACUGUUUGAAAGUCCCAUUGGUAAUUUUUAAGCGAGAAAAGGAAGUAGCACGGAAAUUGGAAUUUGACGGACUUUAUAUUACAGAACAACCUUCAGAAGAUGAUAUUAAAGGCCAGUGGGAUAGGCUUGUAAUCAACACACAGUCAUUCCCCAACAACUACUGGGACAAAUUUGUUAAAAGAAAGGUUAUGGACAAGUAUGGAGAGUUCUAUGGUCGAGAUAGAAUCAGCGAAUUGUUAGGCAUGGACAAAGCGGCUCUGGAUUUCAGUGAUACUAGAGAAAAGAAGAAGCCAAAGAAAGACAGUUCCCUAUCAGCAGUACUGAACUCUAUUGAUGUGAAAUAUCAGAUGUGGAAAUUAGGAGUCGUUUUCACAGACAAUUCCUUCCUCUACCUAGCUUGGUAUAUGACUAUGUCCAUUCUGGGGCAUUAUAACAACUUUUUCUUUGCUGCUCAUCUUCUUGACAUCGCUAUGGGAUUCAAGACUUUACGAACCAUCUUGUCAUCAGUAACUCACAAUGGCAAACAGCUUGUCUUAACUGUUGGCUUGUUAGCGGUUGUUGUAUACUUAUACACUGUUGUGGCAUUCAAUUUUUUCCGAAAAUUCUACAAUAAGAGUGAAGAUGGUGACACGCCAGAUAUGAAAUGUGAUGAUAUGUUAACAUGCUAUAUGUUCCACAUGUACGUUGGAGUACGUGCCGGUGGGGGCAUUGGUGAUGAGAUCGAAGACCCGGCAGGAGAUGAAUAUGAGAUUUAUCGAAUCAUCUUUGACAUUACCUUCUUCUUCUUUGUCAUUGUCAUUCUCUUGGCCAUAAUACAAGGUUUAAUUAUUGAUGCUUUUGGAGAAUUAAGAGACCAACAAGAACAAGUCAAGGAAGACAUGGAGACAAAAUGUUUCAUCUGUGGGAUAGGCAACGAUUACUUCGACACAGUGCCACAUGGCUUUGAAACCCACACUUUACAGGAACACAACUUGGCCAAUUACCUGUUUUUCCUGAUGUAUCUCAUAAACAAAGAUGAAACAGAGCACACAGGUCAGGAAUCUUAUGUCUGGAAGAUGUAUCAAGAAAGGUGCUGGGAAUUUUUCCCAGCAGGGGAUUGUUUCAGGAAACAAUAUGAAGACCAGCUGAACUAAACUCAGAUGCUAAUGACCUCCACCUCUAGAAACCAACUCUUCUCUCCUUUCUCUAGACUCCCUCCCUCUCACUCAGAAAUAUUUCCUGAUUUUGUGAAUAGCCAAGGUUGCAUGCUUUUGGGGAGCAUUGCAGCUGUUUCUGAAAGUGUGGCUGCAGCUUUACCCUCACCUUGUGUAUUUACUUUGGGAACAGGAACAGAAGAAUAAUCCAAAUUCAUACACAGACAAAAGAGGAACUCUGGAAAUGAAUCCAUUCUGGACAUUUGUCUGUCAUAAUCCAACUUUACUAGACAGAUUUUCUUCUGAGAUUCUGGACAACUUCUGGAACGAUUGUAUUUCCCAAGAAGCGUGGUUCCACAUUCUCCUGGUCUUUUUAGUUCAUCAUUCUGAAAGGAACUCUCGAAUGGUCACAGAGCACUGGAGCACUUAGUAUACUGCUGUGGUCACCAGUUGCAAAGAGAAAUAGUGCCUUACUAUCUGUGGGUUGAGCUAUGCAGAAGAAAUGUGCAUGAAAAAAAUGUUUAUUUUCUUUAAUUAGACUUCCCUCCCCUCUCCCCCUUAGACCGACUGUGUGAGUUGUUUUCAUGUCUUCAUUCUUUUCUUUGAUGGGGAGGGUGCGGAAAGCGGUUUGUGUGCACCUUUUUUACAAAGAGUGAAGACUCAGGACAAGAGGGGCCUCUUCUCAUUCAGCUUAAUUCACAUUUACCCUCCCCUGUGCUUUUGCUCUUAUUUUGGUAAUGCUCAGAUGCAAGAUUGCAACUUUAUGAAAUCUUUGUAGGAACACAAAAAUACUGCAGAAAAAAUACACAUUGAACAUAAAUAAUUCAUUGCAUGUUUAUUAUGCAAGUUUAAACAAGAAAACCUUCAGAAGUAAGUUGAUCAAUGUGCGAGAACUUUCAUGAUAAUUAUAGUAAUAAAGUAACUUGGGCUUAAUUGUAUAUUUGGAGCCAGUGUCAUCAGCCAACAAUGUGAUACAUAUUGAACUUGACAGUCUUUUUUUCCCCCCUUUUCUUUUUCUUUGGCCACCUGUGAACAGUGCUUGGGUAAGGACUUCGCAUCAGGCUGCCAUAUUUUAAUAUCAAAGCUGAAGCAAUAUCCAUUCAGGGAUUUCAUCAGUUGCAUAAAAAAAAGAUGAUACUUUAAAUCACUCCAUUUUGAGUCCUUUUAAAUGUAAUGCUGAUCAUUACAUAUAAAAAAAAGUCAGAUUCAGAAUGGAGAAAUGUCAUUUUGCAAUCAUUGGAGCUCUUUUAUUACAACUCUGCUCGUUAAUUUUAAAUUGUAAAACUGCUCUGAUUAAACUAUUUAACUAAC